UCAUCAUAAUCUGAAGUUAGUUUAUUGAGUGCGCACGUAUCUAUAUUUUAUAGAAAAUCUGGGUCCCAGAUAAAUUGACGUAGUCGCACAGAAAUAUUCUAAUGGGGCAUUUUCUUUGUCACUAAUCAUACGUUAUAAACAGAACGGUUAGUGUAGUGAUCUAAUCAAGUGUAAAGAUGAAUGAGCCCAAUCCGUUCGAAGGGCAGGGAAUGCCGCAAAUGGCCAACAUGGGUGCGAUGCCAAACGUCGCGGAUUUACAGUAUCGCAACUUAGGGGGCGAUAAUUCUGGUAAUAUGCCUCCCAUGGCACCGCAGCCUCCGCCGUUGCCACCAAGGUUGGACCAGCAGAAUAAUUUUGGUAUGAACCAAGGGAUGGGGUAUGGAAUGGGAUUCAACGGCAUGGGAGGGUAUGGAGGGUACGGGUUCAACAACCUCGGGGGUGGGUAUGGCAUGGGCGGGGUGGGUAUAGGCGGAAUGGCGCCCUACGUUCCGUACAAUCGAUUUGGUCCUAAUGGCAUGUUCAUGGGAGACAUGGAGAGCAGGUUCGUGCAAAUAGCGGAGGAGAGAUCUCGGCCCGCUUUCGACUCUAUCCACGGCGUGGUCAGCGCUGUAGGCAGCGUCGCCAUGAUGCUUGAGAACACAUUCUUCGCUCUCACCAGCUCGUUCAGGGCCAUUUUGGGCGUGGCCGAAAACGUGGGCCGUCUUCGCUCGCUGUUCGGCCAAUUCUGGUCGACGUUCGCGGUGUUCCGAAGCAUCAACUGGCUCGUGAGGAAGCUGCUCGUCAUGCUGGGCCUCAGGAACGAGUGCGAGUUUAAGGCUUGGGCGGAGGCGAUGGCGGCGUCGCCCAACAACCUUGGCCCGCACCAGCAGCUGCCCAACGGCACCAGCUGGCCCAUCCUGCUGUUCUUCGGCGUGAUCGCAGCAGCGCCCUACAUCGUGCACAAGAUGCUCACUGGCUUGACCAAUACCAUCAAUGAGAAGCUGCACGAGCCGGCGACCUGGCAGUCGCCGCUGCGUGCGAUCGCCGAGUUCGACUUCGAGGCUACGCACGGACACGAACUGAGCUUCAACGCGAACCAGGUGCUGCACCUCGCGCCUCAGCACCUGCAGGGCAACAUGUGGAACUCGGGCUGGCUGGUCGCCUCGAUUGAUAUGAUAAAGGCUGGCGUGAUCCCGGCCAAUUACAUCAAGAUCAUUAAGCCGGUGUCGGUGAACAAGACUGCGCCCAAAGACAACGCCGGCGCGGCUGCUCCCUCCCAGGCGGACAUGCACCGGUACUUCGCGCAUAUGCAAUAGCAUCCGGCCCCCCUGCAUCAGCUGGUGGUGUUGCCGUGCGGUAAGCUGGCCCGCAGCCGGUCAUCGGGUUGCAGCCGUCACAAUAUACGGCGGAAGUGAAGUGUCACGUGACAGAGAAACAGGCAAGAUGGCGGUUUUGACAGCUGUCAAAAUACCUUCUCUUGGCUGUCAAGUAUAUCUAAAAUAUGCCAUCCUUUUAAACUUGUGUUGUGUUUGUUCACUGGUUGUCCAUCUUACGUGUAUUAAAAGACAAUACUAUAAUAAAUUAAUACACUGAAAACAGUUAUAACUGAGAUCCACACAGAUACAUCGAAAGUUAAGUACCGCCAUUUUUACCUGUUUCGAACAAAAUUGCCACCAUAGUCACGUGAUAUGUUUGUUCGUGACGUCAUCAUCACAUUUAUCGUCACGUUUCUCAUUAUACUUGAUAUGCAGUUAUAAGCUGUACCGACCCUAUGUGUUUGGGUCGCGUCUACGCUAAAAUAUCUACCACGGGUUGUAAGAACGUUGCUAGGAAUGAAAUUCAAAAUUAAGAGGAUACAGGGAGAAAUGGAUCAAGCGGGAAAAUUGGAACGUUUUUGGAUAUAUUUAGACUUUGUAUUGGAUACAUUCCGAAUAUUUAGGGGAUAUCAUGUUUUAGAGACCACCCCUCUCUGCGCGGCCUAAGGCCGCUUUAACUGUGUUAGAUAAUAAUGUGUACGUUGCUUUUUUAAUCCCAGAGAUAAUAAAAACGCUUGUUCACACCAAAGUUUUGCGAAUCAAUCGUGUUUCCAUAAUCCAACGUUUUGCCAAAUUCCAAUGUUACCAAAAGGUCCUGAAAUGACAUUUGCAACUGUCUUCUCGGAUUAAAAAACAAACGUUAAUUAGUUAAGUCAUUAAGCGCGAUUUUAAUUAGCGCGAAUAUCGACCUUACUACUAUAGUCAUAUAUAUCUAAGUCUUAUCCAUUGUAGGAACAGCGGUCGGUAUGUAUAAGGUAAGAUCCAAUUGUAAGAAAAGCAUUGAGAAACGAUUGGAACUUGCCUUUACUUUUUCUCAUGAAUGUCUAUUUACUUACAUAUGUAAUGUUCUGCAUUUUAUAUUUAACGUUACACCAUUCAAUAAAAAUAUGAGUGCCAAAAUCAAACUACAUUGAAGUAUUAAUUAUUGAACUUUUUUUUUGGAAUAGCAACAUGCUAUCUGCUACAGGAUUUUCUAUUGAGUAUUGAAAAAAUACUGAAGCAAAUAUAAGCUAACAGUUGGAUAUCAGUUUGUUUCUUUAUGAACGCGAAUGCUCGUACCUGUAAUUUGAUCUCCUAUAUCCGUACUUUCAUAUCUCGGUACGUAAAUAAGCCUCAUAUUUCAGCAUUUAGUUAUAAGUUUUCGGUGGAAGGGCAUAUGUGACGUUUCAAUUUUUAUUACUCGAAAUUUGACUUAAUCUUAGUAUAUUUUAAGUGAAAUAAAUAAAUGUUUGUUUCAUUCUUUAAGUCAAUAAUUUACUGGUGCGUAAAGUUUAACUUAAUAUUUAUAUUAAAAUAUUGUGAUUGGGCAGUGCAGCCAUUAAACAUAAAGCCAUUAGUGAUAUCUAAUAACUUGUCCACAUAGUGGGAAAAAAUGUCCAAUGCCCAUUAGAAUACAGCUUAAAACAGCGUCACAAAACGACUAAGCUUAGAGGCCCGAUUCAUCACAUAAAAAUAGGCUGCCUAUUUGGCGUCUUACCUUAUCUUUUGAGCACAUAUGUCUAACACGGCACAUAACUUGUCAUCUUAAAACUACAAUAUUCUUAUUUCACACUUACUUCAAUAAAUAAUUCGUAGACAUCGGUGUUUUAGAUAAGGUAACUAUUUAUUCUAUAUAUCAUAAUUGUAAUAGACGCAUUUUAUCCUAUAUCACAUAACAUAGUGGGUUUUUAACAUUUUAUUUCCCAAUCUAGUCCAUAGUUUAACAAAAAAUUGUUUGCAUAAUAGUAAGCUCUCUUUGGGUGCAGUUAAGUAUAAUUUAAGUUGGUUUUGUAUAUUUUUUUAAUUAAGAAAUUAAUAUAUUUCGGACAAAUAGUAUUAAUGUGGGAUGGACUGAUUUGUUUAUUUAUCAAUAAAGUAAGGUUUAGUCAU